AGGAGGCGCGCGGGGCGCGGCCGCGUUCAGUCGGGGCGGACGUCGUCGCAGGAAGGUCGUUGAGAGGAGGCGCUCUCAGAAACAAAGGGGGAAGCAAGAAAGCGAGCAGGCAACCAGGCAGGCGAGACGCGAGGAGGGGAACCAGGACCUCGGCUUCCACUUUCGCCUUCCAGCGCGGGGGAGAAAGUGCCGAGCGCGCGCCCUCCUUGGCUUGCUCCUCUCCCCGUUCCGCGAAUCUCGCGCCCGCCGCCGCCAUGAUGGAGGUGCAGAAGGAAGCGCAGCGCAUCAUGACGAUGUCGGUGUGGAAGAUGUACCACUCGCGGAUGCAGCGCGGCGGCCUCCGCCUCCACCGCAGCCUCCAGCUCUCGCUGGUCAUGCGCAGCGCCCGCGACCUCUACCUCUCCGCCAAGCUGGAGGACGACGGCGAGGACGAGGCCAUGCCCGCCGCCCACGCCAACCAGGGGCUCGACGGGGAGCCCUCUCCGCCGACCCCGUUCCCCGCCGCCGCCCAGGAGGAGCCCCCUCCGGAGCCCAUGGACACGCAGCCGGAAGCGGAGGCGGUGGAGCGCCGGGCCGAGAGCGCCCCUCCGUCGUCGCGGACGUGGAGCCGGGCGGGAGCAGCCAAGGCCAGCCGCAAGCGGCGCAGCAGCAGCCUGGGCAAGAUGGGGGCGCUGGAAGCCGGCCUGGCGCCCAGCAAGAAGGCGCGCCUGGCCACGGAAGAAGAAGAGGAGGAGGAGGAGGAGGGGCGGCAGCGGGAGGCGGAGGAGGAGGGCCCCUUCCCCAGCCUGGCCCGCGUGCUGCAGGGACGCUUCUCGGCCCGCGCGCACGCCCCGCCCCUCCCGCUCCCCGAGCCCGCCAAGGACGAGCCCCCGGCCAACUGCUGCCGCCCGCAAGGCGAGGGCGUGCUCAGCAUCAUGGUCCGGGCCGUGGUGGCCUUCUAAGGAGGCGGCGGGCGCGGAGGAGGCAGCCCUCACUCACUCACAGCGGGGCCCACAAGCUGCUCGGAGUGGAGACCGCCCUCGGCGGCAAGCAGGGGAGACCCCCGCCCCCCCCCCUCGGGACCUGGGGCGGAGAGGGACAGGCGGGCGGCGGAAGGCAGGGCGAGGAGGACCAGCGAAGCCUCCUCAGCCCCGCCCCCCCCCCUCAGGCUCUGCCGGGUUGGCGACAUGGCGAGACAAAAGGAGGCCCCCCAGAGACGCGGCUCGGCUGCGCGCCAAGCCAGGGACGGCUUCCGGACACGCCAGGGUCGGAGGAGAGUCAAAGAAACUUCGGGGGAGGACUAGGAGGGGGGAAAGAGGAGGAGGAG